UUUUUGGGGGAAAAAAUCUACAAUUCUAUCGUUUGUUUCAAGUUGGUUGAGGUGAAAUUUAAAGAUAUGUUUUGUCGUGAAAGCAUAAAACGUAACAGUUGUCCUAUUUUACUGGCAUUCACAAGUUAAUAUAGUUUAAAGCAGCAUAAUUGCAAUUUCUUUGUGAAUAAUUCAAUUUGGUCCAGAAGCUGCGUUCUAAACUACAGUCCUUAAACUACAACUCCCAUGAAUACGUUACUGUGACGUCACGACGGCUAUGCGUUUCCAAACAUCCGGUCAUGGUGGUUGCAACGUUUUAGCGAACUGGAAAAUAUUGAGAAAUAUCUCUAUGGAGACAGAGGAAGCAGCCCAGCCAGAGGGAGGGUCCAAAUCUUCUGCCCCAUCCCGAACCAAAAAGCCCACCAUGGAGAUUUACGUGACCAAGAAACGGCAGGCCGAGAAGAUAGAGCCCAAACCCAGGCCCCGGUACACAGAUAAGGCCCGGAAAAAUAAGAACAAGAAGGACAAAGCGAAAGCCGGGGAGAUGCCCAAUGGAGAGGUAAAACACGAUGAUGGUGAAGGGGGGAGGGAGGAGGGAGAUGCAGAGGACCAAAGCAUGCAAACAGAAAAGGACGAGCGGUCCAGAGAAGACAUGGACUCCACAUCCAAAUCUCUGAACACACCAGAAGAGACGGGUAAUGAUGCCAGGGCACUGGAACAUGAGGGGAGCUCAGAUGAGGAGGAGGAGAACUGGGAUUCUUUGUUUAAUGAUGAUGGUGACUGUCUAGACCCUCAUUUGCUGGAGGAGAUGUCCCUUAAAGACGGCCACAAGAAGAGCUCCAAACAGGAGCCGCACUUCGACCACUACAACUGGUCUCCUCAAGAAGAAGAAGAGGUGGAGCUUCGUGAUGACGAGCUGUCACACAUUGUGGAGAUUUACGAUUUCCCAUCCGAGUUCAAGACGGAGGACUUGAUAAGAUCCUUUAACUCUUUUCAGCAGAAGGGGUUUGACAUUAAGUGGAUUGAUGAUACACAUGUUCUGGGUUUGUUCUCCAGUCCAAUAGCAGCUCGUGAUGCUCUGAGGAUGAAGAACCCCAUGAUGAAGAUCAGGCCUCUCUCCAAAUCAUCAAAAGCCACUAAAGCCAAAGCUCGCAGCUGCUCUGAUUACUUGUUGCCGGCUAAAGAGCGACCUCAGACGAGUGCAGCUUUGGCCCGUCGACUGGUCAUUGGUGCUCUGGGUGUGAAGAGUAACCAGACCAAAGAAGAGCGUGAGGCAGAGAGGAACAAACUACGGCAAGCAAAAGAGCAAAAGCGCUUGGCGGCAAAGCAGCGUGAAGACGCCUGGGAGGGCUUGUGAAGAACAAGACUCUGUGUUGAGAGUCUGAAGUGGAUCAGGACUACUACAAAACAACACGACGGACUGAACCAAAGCUGCAUGUCUGGGGGAGUUCAAACACUCGCUAGCAGAGGUGCAAGAGAGCCACAAACUUUAACAGAGACAUUUUGUAAUUUUAUAUUUUUCCUUUAGAGAUGUGUCUUCAAUGCAGAGAUUUUCCCCCUCAAAGUAUUGUUUUUAUGCUUGAGAAAGAUUUUUAAUGGGGUUUUUUCAUCUUGGAUAUUGCUUUUCUUUUUUCUGCCUGUAACUAAAUUAUUAGGGAUGGGCGAUACCAAUAAUUUCAUGUCCAAUAUCGUCGAUACCGAUACUUCUAUUAAAUUAAUUUUUUUAAUGAUUUCUUGGGAUAAAAUUGGUAAUUUAGAAUAUUAUUUUUAGUCAUAAUUGUUUUGUUUUUUUUACAUUUGUGAGCCUAAACAGAAAAUUAUUAGACUUCUUGAUUGAUAUUUUAGGAUCGAUCCGCCCAUCCCUAUAAAUUACAUCGUCAGUAUCACUAUCCUUUAGUCAGCUUACAAAGUGAAUUUUCUUGCACCAAUUUUUGUUUUAGUAAAGAGAUAUUAAGUUAACACCAGGAGCUGUUGAUUAUCUUUUUCAGGCAAGUCAUUAUUUCAUGUAGCGUUUGAACACAUUGGACCAGUGUGAAUGGGGGAAUCCCAUUUUUCAUUUACAUGAAUGACUUUGUAAAAGUUUCUGUGUUUAAUGCCAGUCAACACUUGUAAACCUCAGUACAUACUAGAUUUUUCAUGUUGUUUCCUAAUUACCUUACAGGUGUAAAUAUUGUACUUUAAAGCUUUUGAGAUUUAAAUGCUCAAAGUUUUAUUCAGGUGCCAGAUCAUCAAAAACAAAUACAUUUUCAAGUGUCUUUGUUUGACUUUUGCAAUAAGUUUACACUCAUGAGCAAGUCUGUGUCUUGUUCUUCAAAGUUGGUGCAAUAGGGUUUCUAUGAUCUGAAUAAAAAAAAAUAAAAAAAGUCUCUCUUGUAGAUUAAUUUGUAUGGCUGGAAACCAGUUCUUUUUUAUUUAAUUUUUAUAUAUAUAUAUAUAUAUAUAUUGGAACCGUAUGAUUUUCAUGACUUUCGGUUCCAUUUUCCCGCCUAAAUAGAGGGCAACAGGCUUGUCCUGUAAGUUAAAAGCCCAUUAGUUUCUUUCCAUAGACGAAUUGAGUUUCAACAAUAACUAAUAAACCUUUAAAAACAGACCUACUGUGAGCUACAAGGUUGUUAGAUGGUAAAUGCAUUAUUUCAAAAUUGUUUAAAAAUAUGUUUGAUAGCGGAAUUCAUGGUAAACAACUACAUUACCCAUAGUACAGCAGAGAAAGAUCCACCAAUCAGAGAAUCACGUCCAACCAAGCCCGCGAAACUGCUCCCAUGACGCACUGUGAGUGACGUAAUCAGGUAUCUUCACCCUUAAAUUAUUU